AUGGUUGCCUCACCAUUCGUCGUUGGCCCCGCUACGGGCCACACCCACACCCACACUAUUAUCCUGUUGCACGGCCGUGAUAGCGAAGCACGGGAAUUUGCCUCUGAGUUUUUCGAAUGUGAGACCACAUGCACGGGAACAGAGCAGACACUGCCGAAUGUAUUUCCUACAGUCCGAUGGGUAUUUCCACAGGCCAACUCCCUUCGCUCCGAGCGCUUCAGGGUCGAAAUGUCCCAAUGGUUCGAUAUGUGGAGUGUCGAAGAUCAACAGGAGCAGGACGAGAUGCAAAUCCUGGGCUUGCGAUCGAGUGUCAAUAAGAUCGCUGAAUUCAUCGAACAGGAGGAGCUGCUUGUGCCAAGAAGCAAUAUCUUUCUGGGUGGAAUUAGCCAAGGCUUUGCAACUGCUUUAGCCGCAUUCUUUGCCGAUGGUAGAGGAGGUUUCGCUGGUUUAUGCGGGUUUUCCACUUGGCUACCGCUCGCUAAUCAGGCUGAAUCGGCUCUCGAGCUCGUCGACGAUGAACCUGGUCAAAAGCUGGCGGUCAUGCAGCGAUUAUAUUUUGGUGACGAUAUUAGACAGCACAUGUCUUUAUCACCACAGCAGCUAAUGUCGACACCAAUUCUUCUCGAGCAUUGCCAAGACGACUACAUUAUCAGGGUUCAAAGCGGCUUGAUUCUGCGAGAUUUCAUUGACAAUCUGGGUCUCAGCGUAGAAUUUCAUGCAUACGAAAGCGGAGGCCACUGGUUCAAUGAGCCGCAAGGUGUGGACGACUUUGUGGUGUUCUUGCGAAAGAGUAUCAAGUCAGAUCACAUACCAAGUCACAACCAAUCUACGUGA